AUGUCUAAGAAAUUGGGAAACAUUCGACUAACUCAAACAGUCCUCUUUGUCUGCGACAUGCAGGAAAGGUUUCGCCCUGCUGUGAAAUUUUUUAACGAAAUAGCAGAAGUGUCCGGCAGGCUGACGGAGGCAUCACGCAUUUUGGGCAUUCCACUGAUAGUUACUGAACAGUACCCCAAAGGCCUAGGAAGCACCGUACCUGAGGUGAAUAUAUCCAACGCGGUCGGGAUUUUCCCCAAGACAAAGUUCAGCAUGCUGAUCCCCGAGGUGGAUGAGAAGAUGAGGGCUCUUUGUGGUGGAAAUGUACAUCAUGUCAUUUUAUGUGGAGUAGAGGCUCACGUCUGCAUCCAGCAGACAGUCAUUGAUCUCCUGAACAGAGACAUUGAGGUCCAUGUGCUGGCAGAUGCUGUUUCCUCACGAACCAUUGAAAAUGUUGUCUCUUUUCAGAGAUUCAGACAUAUGGGAGCUACAGUGACGACCUCAGAAGCCAUUCUUCUUCAACUGGUAGGAGAUAAAGAUCAUCCAAAGUUCAAGGACAUUCAAGGACUGAUCAAAACAAUAGCUCCAGACUCUGGACUUCUGACCAAACUGUGA